AUGGUCCUGGAGGACGAUCAGGAGAAGCCCCUACCGCAGCCCAAUACGUCUUCACACUGGCGCUCUGUUAUACAUCACGGCUUGAUCAAUCACGAGGUACGUUCGUGGCAUUAUGAAGGCUCAGGGACAGACCUUGAUCCCUAUGUGGUGACGUGGAUUGAUAAUGACCCCCGAGACCCCAAGGGCUUUGCUCCCGCGACAAAAUGGUUUUAUACCGCGGUCUCCGCUUUGACCUUAUUCAUCGUCACCUUGGCCUCAUCAGGGUACACUGGAGGUAUUCCUUCCAUGAUGCAGCAAUUCGAUAUCAGUGAAGAACUUGCAAUUUCAGGAGUUUCGCUCUAUGUUGUCGGAUUUGCUGUCGGCCCGAUAUUCUGGGCUCCUUUCAGUGAGGUGGCUGGCCGUCAACUUACUCAUUUGAUCAGCUACUCCGUGUUUGCCGCUUUUAACGGAGGAGUGACGGCUGCACAAAACAUAGAGACCGUCUUGGUCUGUCGAUUUUUUGCCGGGUCUUUCGGGGCGGCAGGUUUGACCAACGCAGCUGCUAUCGUCGCAGACAUGUUUCCCCCUCAAUCACGAGGCCUUGCGAUGACAUUCUUUUCCGCAGCACCCUUUUUGGGUCCAGUACUAGGCCCCAUUACAUCAGGGUUUAUAUCUCAAGCGGCCCGUCAAGAUGGUUGGAGAUGGGCCAGUGCUCUCUUUACCCUUCUUUCGGUGAUCUUUUUGAUCUUGGGCUUUGUCAUCAUACCCGAGACGUAUGCUCCGGUCUUGCUGUCAGCUCGGGCUAAGACGCUUUCCCGGGCUACUGGCAUGGUUUAUCGCUCUCAUUUCGAAGCUGAAGGAGUAUCGUUGUCAUUCGCUGAAAGGAUGAAGAUCGCACUGACACGUCCAUGGCGAUUCCUUUUCGGGGAGCCGAUCAUAUUUCUCCUGUCGCUCUAUCUUUCUAUCGUGUAUGCCAUCCUCUACCUCCUCUUCGCCGCAUUUCCGGUGGUGUAUCAGCAAGAACGAGAAUGGAGCCAAGGAUUGGGUGGUCUUGCAUUUGCGGGCGUGGCGGUUGGAAUUGCUGCCGCGGUUCUGUUGAACUUUUCCAUUAACAAUCGCUAUCAGAGGCUCAAGAAUCCUACACCGGAGUCUCGACUCCCGCCUGCUAUGAUAGGUGGUGUUGCGAUAUCAGCCGGGCUAUUCUGGUUCGCAUGGACCAAUGGAAGAUCAGUCCAUUGGUUGGCCAGUAUCUCAGCCAGCAGUGUCUUCGGCUUUGGCAUGGUACUCAUUUUCGUGGCGAUCAACAACUACCUUGUUGACGCGUAUUUGCUAUACGCCGCAUCUGUUCUCGCAGGAGGUACAGUCAUGAGAUCGUUACUGGCAGCUGCGUUCCCCAUGUUUACGCCUUACAUGUACUCCAGACUUGGCAUCCACUGGGCCUCCACUAUCCCAGCCUUUUUAUCCCUUGCGUGUGCGCCAUUACCAGUCAUCUUUUAUUUAUAUGGGGCUAGGAUCCGCAGCCACAGUUGGGUUGCAGCGCAAGGUACUUAG